AUGCGAUCUCUCUGGUCUGUCGCAUUGCUGGGUGCCUGGCCACUCACCCAGGCCCAAUUUGUUGCCCCUCCGACGGACCUGAUCUCCACCAAAGGCUAUCUCGAUGUCCCCGUUCGGUACAAGCAGGUCCCCAACGGGAUCUGCGAAACCGAUCCCAGCGUGAAGAGUUUCUCCGGCUACCUCGAUGUCGCCGAGAACGAACACAUCUUCUUCUGGUUCUUCGAAGCGCGGAACCAAGAUCCCCAAGACGCUCCGCUGACGGUGUGGAUCAAUGGAGGUCCCGGGUCGUCGUCCAUGAUCGGCCUUUUCCAGGAGAACGGCCCCUGUGGAGUCGACGCGAAUGGCUCCGUGUACAACAACCCGUACUCGUGGUCGAAUGCGAGCAACAUGCUGUACAUUGACCAGCCGGUGCAGACCGGGUUCUCCUACAGCAUUCCCGUCCCGGGCUACGUCGACUCCGAGACCAGCAACGUGAUCAGCCUGCCCUCGACCAGCUGCCCGGACUAUGCGGCCGGCCUCUCGUGUGGGACCUACUCGUACCCCAACAUCAGCCUGACGGCCAACUCGACCGACAACGCCGCCCCCAAUUUCUACCGGGCGCUGCAGGGUUUCAUGGGCGCAUUCCCGCAGUACUCGCGCGAAUCCUUCCACUUCACCACCGAGAGCUACGGGGGGCACUACGGGCCCGUCUUCAACGAGUACAUCGAGCAGCAGAACGCCCACCUCCCGCACGGAGCCAAGAAGAUCCAGCUGGAGAGCGUGAUGAUCGGGAACGGGUGGUACGACCCGAUCAUCCAGUACCAGGCCUACUACAACUUCACCGUCUACCCCGGCAACACCUACGACUACCAACCGUACAACGCCUCGAUCAGCGCCCUCCUGUACAACAACGUCUACGGCCCGGGCAACUGCCUCAGCCAGCUGCGCGACUGCGCGGCGCGCGGCACGGACGCGAUCUGCAGCACGGCGGACUCGUUUUGCGCGAAUGAGGUGGAGAGCAUCUACGACCUGUACUUAGGGCGGGACGAGUACGACAUCCGGGAGCUGACGCCGGACCCAUUUCCCUACGAGUUCUACGUGGACUACCUGAACACGGCGCGGGUGCAGGCGGCGAUCGGGGCGACGGUCAACUUCACGGAGAGCAACAACGCGGUGUACGAGGCGUUCUCGGCGACGGGCGACGACGGCCGCCGCAUGCGCACCACCGCCGACGUCGCCGCCCUGCUCCGCCAGGGCGUCACCGUCGCCAUGUACGCCGGCGACGCCGACUACAACUGCAACUGGCUGGGCGGCGAGGCCGUCGCCGCCGAGGUGGGCGCCCCCGGCUUCGCGGCCGCGGGCUACACGAACAUCACGACCUCGGACGGGGUGGUGCACGGCCAGGUGCGCCAGGCCGGCCGCUUCGCCUUCGUGCGGGUCUACGAGAGCGGCCAUGAGGUCCCCUUCUACCAGCCCUUGCUGGCACUGGAGAUGUUCGAGCGGGUCAUCUCGGGCAAGGACGUGGCGACGGGGACCGUGGAUCCCGGGACGGAGGGGUACAAGACGGUCGGGUCGGUCAAGAGCACCUACCGCGAGGGCAAUGGGACCGUGCAGUGGGAGGUGCUGGAUUCGCUAGCGACGUACAACACGACGACCAACAAGCCGAAUCCGAUCGGUGGGAAGCGGGCGAGGAGGCAAGGGUGGCGGAAGAAUGCGCUGCGGUUGCAGAUGUAG